AUGCCGAGAAGUAAGCUGCUGGCUUAUUUUGAUUUGGUCAAAACUUGUCCACGGGCCAAGAAUUUGACUUGGAUCGAAGUUGCUGAGCAGUUUCAUUUUAACGGAUCAGCAUACGAACUCUUUAAGAAUAAUGGGCGACGUAUUGCGCGCAUUUAUUCCGUCAGUCCCAAAUUUAGUGAGUUAUAUGCUUUGAGAAAACUCUUAUUUUACACGCGCGGGGCUUCAUCCUUUGAAGAUAUUCGCACCGUUCGAGGUGUCCUCUACGAAACGUUCAUGGAAGCUGCUGCAGCAGCUGGUUAUGUAGAGACAGAAAAAGAGUGGGAGGAUUGUUUAGACAGUGCGUGUGAGACAGACAUGCCAACUGAUAUACGCCGGCUAUACGCACAAAUACUGCUAUAUUGCCAUCCAACAAACCCGGUUUAUUUGUGGGAAAAGUAUAAGCAAGCCAUGAGACCGCGCUCAAUUACAGAGACAGAUGACCAAUUAGAUAUGCGCUCUAUUGACCAUAUUGAUAGUAUUUUAACACGUAAUGGUAUGUCUUUGGAAGAUUGUGGGUUGAAAGUAAUCAGAGACAAUCUAAUUAAUGCCCUUGGGAACGAAAUAUCCUUGGAAAGAGAGACAUUUGAAUAUGAUACGCCUGUGCGUAAUUUCGUACUUACACGUGCGCAACAAAAAAUAGUGGAUACCAUUUUUGCUGCAUCUCUCACACCAAAAACUAACGGAAAUAAAUUGUUUUACAUUGAUGGAAAAGCGGGAUGUGGUAAAACCUACACGCUUAAUGCCCUGAUCGAUCGUUUGGAGAAAGCCGGUAAAAAGGUUUUGGCUACAGCAUCUACUGGUAUCGCUGCUACUCUUCUCAAAGAUGGUAGAACUGCACACAGCCUCUUUCGUCUUCCUUUAAAGAGUUUGAAUAGCUUAUCAGUGGCUAAUGUAGAUGCUUCUUCGCCUAUUGGUCAGACAUUGAAUGCUGUUGAUGUAAUAGUGUGGGAUGAGAUUUCAAUGCAAUCACGUUUUGUUUUAGAGUGCGUUGAACGACUUUUGCGUGAUGUAGCCUCACCGCUUGCUUCCUCUUCCUUAUUCGCUGGUGUAACAUUGGUUUUGGGUGGAGAUUGGUGUCAAUUUUUGCCCGUUCUCCAGGGAGCCACGCGUCAAGAGACUGUGGACAUUACCUUUAAACGAAGUGAAUUGUGGAAGUAUUUCAAAACGUUUACCCUUGAUGAAAAUAUGAGGUUGGGUCUCGACGAUCGCGAACACGCCGAUUGGCUCCUUUCUGUUGGUUUGGGAAAAAACUUUUCUGACGAGGAUAACAUCGUUAUACCACCUUCUUUUUGUAUGGCUACUGAAGCAGAUAUCAUUGAAUGGGUAUACAGCGCUGAUAUUUUGAAGGACCCCUCUACACUUGCAAAAGUCGCUUUAUUGACUGUUCGUAAUUGUGAUGCUGAAGAGCUUAAUUCUAAAGUACUAGAGAGAUUGCCUGGAGCCUGUGUGGAUAUCAUA